AUGUAUGUCAAGCAGAUUAUCAUCCAAGGUUUCAAGAGUUACAAGGACCAGACGGUCAUUGAGCCCUUCUCCCCCAAACACAAUGUCAUUGUGGGUCGCAAUGGUUCGGGUAAAAGCAACUUCUUUGCCGCUAUUCGCUUCGUUCUCAGCGAUGCCUACACCCAUCUCGGAAGAGAGGAGCGCCAAGCUCUUCUACACGAAGGAUCUGGUUCCGCCGUGAUGUCGGCCUAUGUCGAGAUCAUCUUUGACAACUCAGACGAUCGGUUCCCCACUGGCAAGCCUGAGCUUGUGCUCCGUCGAACGAUCGGUAUCAAGAAGGACGAAUACACACUGGAUCGCAAGAACGCCACCAAGAACGAUGUAAUGAACCUCCUCGAGUCCGCUGGGUUCUCGCGAUCGAAUCCUUAUUACAUCGUGCCACAGGGUCGAGUCACUGCUUUGACCAACAUGAAGGACUCUGAACGCCUGGUUUUGCUCAAAGAGGUCGCCGGUACACAGGUCUACGAGGCUCGCCGUGCGGAAUCUUUGAAGAUUAUGAAUGAGACUAACAGCAAGCGUGCCAAGAUCGACGAACUUCUGGAUUACAUCAAUGAGCGUCUUGCCGAACUCGAGGAGGAAAAGGACGAACUUCGAAACUACCAAGAGAAAGACAAGGAGCGUCGGUGCUUGGAAUAUACCAUCUAUUCGCGCGAGCAGCAGGAGAUUGCCAGCGUACUUGAUAACCUCGAGGAACAGCGACAGAAUGGCGUCGAGGAUGCAGACAAUAAUCGUGAUCAAUUUGUUGAAGGCGAGAAGGCGAUGGCCCAGAUCGAUGCUGAGAUUGCAGAAUGCCGACAGCAAAUCGAGUUCCUAAAGGUGGACAAGUCUCAACUGGAAGAUGAGCGCCGCGAGGCCUCCAAGGCCUUGGCCCAAAUCGAACUCCAGGCCAAGUCGCUCGUGGACAACCAGUCCGCUACUCAGGCAUUGAAGUCUCGCCAUGAUACCGAUCUGAAAUCAGUACAAUCCGCGAUUCGCGAGCGUGAAGGCGAACUUCAGGAACUUCUCCCUCGUUUCAAUGCCUUGAAGGACCAGGAAGACGCCACCAAGGGGCAGCUCACUGAGGCAGAGACAUCACGACAGCGCUUGUAUGCGAAGCAGGGCCGGAACUCGCGAUUUAAGAACAAGUCUGAGCGCGAUAAAUGGUUGCAGAUGGAGGUUCGCGAGAGUCACAUGUCUAUCAAGUCCGUCCAAGGAGUCGUUACGCAAACUCAGGAAGACAUCAAAGAGCUAGAGAGCGAGAUUGCCUCCUUGGAACCGGAAACAGAGCGUCUGCGAAAGCAAAUUGAUGGCCGUGGCGACACCAUGCACUCGGUAGACCAGCAAGUCCAGAGCGCCAAAGACGAGCGAGACAGACUCAUGGAUCAGAGAAAGGAGCUCUGGAGAGAAGAGGCCAAGCUUGACUCUGUUCUUUCCAACGCAUCCCAAGAGGUAGACCGUGCGGAGCGCAACUUGUCCCAGAUGAUGGACCACAACACUAGCCGCGGAAUUGCAGCAGUCCGAAGAAUCACGCGUCAGCAUAACCUGGAUGGUGUCUAUGGCACUUUGGCCGAGCUGUUCGAUGUGAACGAGCGGUAUCGGACUGCCGUCGAGGUCACCGCCGGUCAGAGUUUGUUCCACUACGUCGUUGAUACCGACGAGACUGCGACAAAGGUUCUGGAAAUCCUUCAAAAAGAAAAGGCUGGCCGUGUGACCUUUAUGCCCCUGAACCGUCUUCAAUCCAGACCUCUCAACAUGCCGCGAGCCAGCGACACAAUCCCCAUGAUUGAGAAGAUGCAGUUUGACCCUGCGUACGAGCGAGCUUUCCAGCACGUGUUCGGAAAGACCAUCAUCUGCCCCAACCUGCAGGUUGCAUCACAGUAUGCUCGCAGCCACGGCGUCAAUGCAAUCACCCCGGAAGGCGACCGUUCUGACAAGCGCGGUGCUCUGACUGGUGGCUUCCACGAUUCUCGCCAGUCGCGCCUGGACGCAGUCAAGAACCUGGGCAAGUGGAGGGACGAGUAUGAAACGAAGCGGAAUCGCGGAACCGAAAUUCGCAAGGAGCUGGAGAAGUUGGACCAAGUUAUCACCAGGGCGGUUGGUGAACUGCAGAAGCUGGAGCAACAGAAACAACAGGUGCAGAAUAGCAGCGGCCCACUACGACAGGAGUUGCGAAGCAAGCGUGACCUGCUACAAAACAAGACCGAUACGCUUGAUGCGAAACGUCGCGCUCUCCGAAACGUUGAGGCCAACCUAGCAGCCUUGAACGACCAAGUCACCGCGUUCGAGGCUGAACUGUCUUCGCCCUUCCAGAAAGCUCUUACGAGCGAGGAGGAGGGUCGGCUGGAGUCAUUGAGUGUCACUGUUCAGGAUCUUCGUCGCCAAUACCAAGAGCUGUCCGGCAAGCGAAGCGAGCUCGAAGGCCGCAAGUCGGUGCUAGAGGUCGAGUUGCGGGAGAACCUCAACCCGCGCCUGGAUCAACUUCUUAACCGGGAUAUUGACGAGGCUGAAGAGCAAGUCCAGGGCAACCUCAAGGAAACCCAGCGCGAGCAGAAGCGCCUUAGCAAAGCUCUAGAGAAACUCAACAGCCGGUUGAAGCAAGUGGACACGUCGAUCGAGGAAGGGAACUCCCGCGUCGCCGAGCUUCAGCAGCGCAACUCCGAGACCCGACGAGAGAUGGAGGAAUUGGCGCGGUCUAUCGAAAAGCAUCAACGCCGCAUGGAAAAGAGCAUGCAGAAGAAGGCCGCGCUCGCCAAGCAGGGCGCGGAAUGUGCUGCCAACAUUCGUGAUCUUGGUGUUCUUCCAGAUGAGGCGUUUACGAAAUAUCAGAACACCGACUCGAAUACUGUUGUGAAGAAACUCCACAAGACCAACGAAGCGUUGAAGAAAUACUCGCACGUUAACAAGAAGGCUUUUGAGCAGUACAACAGUUUCACCAAGCAGCGCGAGACCCUGACUUCCCGUCGUGAAGAGCUGGACGCAUCGCAAAAAUCGAUUGAUGAUCUCAUCUCCGUGCUGGAUCAGCGCAAGGAUGAAGCAAUCGAACGGACCUUCAAGCAGGUCUCCCGGGAAUUUGCCAACGUCUUCGAGAAACUCGUCCCUGCUGGGCGUGGCCGCCUGAUCAUUCAGCGCAAGACGGACCGUACAAUGCGGCCCGAAGAUGAAGUGGACUCAGAGGACGAGGAGGCUUCACAGAGUGUCGAGAACUACGUUGGUGUCGGUAUUAGUGUAAGCUUCAAUAGCAAGCACGAUGACCAACAGCGCAUCCAACAGCUUAGCGGUGGGCAGAAGAGUCUCUGCGCCCUGGCACUUGUCUUUGCCAUUCAAGCGUGUGACCCUGCUCCCUUCUAUCUCUUUGAUGAAAUCGACGCCAACCUGGAUGCCCAAUACCGGACGGCUGUGGCGCAGAUGCUCAAGUCCAUCUCGGACUCGACCAACGGGCAGUUCAUCUGUACCACUUUCCGGCCGGAGAUGCUGCAUGUGGCUGAGAAGUGUUACGGCGUCAGCUUCCGGCAGAAGGCCAGUACGAUCGAUGUGGUCUCGCGGGAGGAGGCGCUGAAGUUCGUGGAGGAACAGAAGUCGUGA